AUGUCUGACGAAGUAAUUUGGCAAGUGAUUAAUCACCAAUUCUGUGCAUUUAAACUUAAAACAGAGAAACAGAAUUUUUGUCGAAAUGAAUACAACGUUAGUGGAUUAUGUUCGAGACAAUCAUGUCCCUUGGCCAAUGCUCGAUAUGCCACUGUGAAAAACGUAGGGGGGAAAUUAUAUCUAUAUAUGAAAACAGCUGAAAGAGCUCAUAUGCCCAAUAGAUGGUGGGAGCGAAUCAAGCUUUCCAAGAAUUACAAUAAGGCAUUAGCGCAAAUUGACCACCAUUUGCAAUAUUGGCAAAAAUUUUUACAACACAAGUGUAAGCAAAGAUUAACAAGAUUAACACAAGUGGCAAUUACAGAAAGACGAUUGGCAUUGAAUGAAGAAGAGAGACAUUUGGUUGGUGUGAAACCCAAGUUGAAGAGAAGAGAACAAAAUCGAGAGAGGAAAGCAUUAGCUGCAGCCAAGAUUGAAAAAGCUAUUGAAAAGGAAUUAUUAGAGAGAUUAAAGAGUGGUGCAUAUGGAGAUAAACCAUUGAAUGUUGAUGAAAAUAUUUGGAGAAAAGUAUUGGGUAAAGUUGAUGAAGUUGAACAAGAGGAAGAGUUUGACGACGAUGAAGAUGAAGAAAUUGAACUUGAAAGCGAAGAGGAGGAAGACGAGGAUGAUAUGGGAGAAGUCGAGUAUGUUGAAGAUUCAGGUGAUGAUGAUUUGGUUGAUAUGGAAGAUUUAGAGAAAUGGUUGGAUGAUUCUUCUGAUAAUGCAAGUGCAAGUGAAAGUGAAGAAGAGAGUGAGGAUGAAGAGGGGGAUGAAGAAGCAGACGAAGAGGAAGCUAAAGAAGGAAGUUCGAAAAAGAGAAAGGCAGAUGAUACAAAGUCUAAGCAAAAGAAGAAGAGAAGACCUAGAGUUGAAAUUGAGUAUGAGGAAGAGGAACCAAUACAAACUAAUAUAGCCGUAUAA